GCUGUGAGUGCCGCGUGGACCCCUCCUGAUAUUUUCAACAGGCAGUGCAGGAGACAGAAGUGGAGAGGCAGUUCGCUCUCUCUCCCACACACACACACACACACACCGUCUCUCUCUCAGUCUCUAUCGCUGUUUCUGCAUAUGUGCUUGAGUGUGUGUGCGUGUGCACAGACUCCUGCGUGUGCUCAACGUUGUGUGUGCAAGAGACACACAGAAGAAAGAAAGAAAGAAAAAAACUAAGGACAGAUUGAAACAACUCCGCAACUUCUGUCAACAUUUCUGUCUCACUCUGGGCUUUUUGUGGCGCUCUAAGAUUUUCACGCAGACAGUGAGGAUCCGCUGUUGUGACGGCUGGAAGGGGGAUUUGCGCUCUGAGCCUCUUCACUUUCUUCGUUAUCAGGGGAGAGACAGCAGACCGGGAGAGCCAUGUCUGGAGCGCUCCUGAGGAGGAACUCCAGUAAGCUGGGCUUACAGAACCUGCUGAGGGUGACGGCCCAGAGGAGUAUUGAAGAUGCCGAGGAGAUUGAGAGGGAGCGCAGACGUAGGGCACGCGAGGCCUUCCGUAAAGAACACGGCCUCUCCGCACCCGAAGGGGCCUCGCUGGACGCCGAGACCUCAGUAGAGGCUACACCGUCAGCCCAGAACUUUACGAGUCCCGCAAAGGCCACUGGCUCCGUGGUUCUGGAUGAGGAUGAAGGCUUCAGUGACUGGACACAGAAGCUAGGACAGGAGCGCAGGCUCCGGCUGGAGAACGGGCGACCGGCGGAACCGACAGCCGAACGGGGAAUGAACGGAACCGCCAAGCACACAGAGAAGAUUCACUGCUCCUCCUCUGCCACAUCUGCCAGGCUGCAGAGGUCGCCACAGGAGAAUGAGAACCAUGAGGCGGUCAGGGAGGAGGAGGAGACGCGUCUGGGGAGCAGGAUGACUGAGAAGAGGAGGAAGGACUUUGGACGAAAGGAACACAGUCAAGUAGACAAAGAGGUAGAGCAGAACGGCAGAAGGAUGAGCCCCAUUAAGAAGUGGGGAGAGAGUCAAGAAGGAGACAUGGAUGAAAAGGUACCAAACAGCCAUUUAUAUGAAGAAGAAGGAAGUGAAAGUAUCCUACACAUCCAAAGUCCUCAUGCAGCACGAGUCCAAACCCAAGAACAACAAAGAGGAAGAGGGACAGCUUCACAUGUGAUCAGAGCCAGGAAGACUCUCAGAAGCCCGAGCCAGUCCCAGCCGGCGGCCGCGUCGGAGCCCCAGAGACGGGGCGAGGAGGCGCCGCUCCUGGAGACGGAGCAGAAGCUGGAGAAGAUCCGGCGCAGCCACCAGGAGAAGGAGAGCCAGGAGCUGGAGCAUCUGCGGCAGAAGCAGGUGGAGGCCGAGGCCGAGCUGGAGGAGCUGCAGAAGAGGAGGGAGCUGAGGCGCCGCGUGCGCGAGGAGGAGGAGCACCGGAAGGAGGAGGAGGAGCAGCAGAGGCAGGCCAAGGAGGAGGAGGAGAGGAGACACAUGAAGGAGGAGAUUGAGAGGAGGAGGACGGAGGCAGCAGAGAAGCGGAUGAAGAGCUUGAACGAUGGGGAGGAACCGUUCAACGCACUCAGUCCCAAGAGCCCCACAGUGAAGAGGGAGGAUGAGGAGAGAUUGACAGCUGAGAGUACAGACUUGAUCACAGAGCGGACAGAGUCUUUGAACCGUUCGCUGAAGAAGAGCAACAGCUUCAAGAAGACCCCUCCUCCGCUGCUCCUCUCCAAGAUCGAUGACAAGCUGGAGCAAUACACUCACGCGGUCGAGAUUUCCUCAAAAGAGACCAAGCCGGCCAAGGCAGCUGUGAUGGACGUGCUGAGUCCUCCCAAGCCAGUGGCCUCCACCAAGAGCCUGUUUGAAGCCGGGGAGGCCUGGAGCCCAACAGCCCCCCGAGGCCAGCCAUCUAAGGAGACGGAAGGGAUGAAAGUAGGUGUGGCUGAUCUGAUCACCCACUGGGUAAAAGGGUCUCCUGAUGGAAGCAACAGAAACUCCCCAUCCAGACCUGCGGAUGUAAAACCAGGUGAUGUGCUGCAGAAGAAGAAUCUUUGGGAGAUUAUAGGCGAGAACUCUUCAUCAGGCAAACCUGGGUUAGGAGGAAAGGGCAAUCCUUCUGGAAAGAGGUACAAAUUUGUUGUGACUGGCCAUGGCAAAUAUGAGAAGAUCCCUGUAGAUGAUGAGGAUUAUUGUGAUUUUUCAAAUGGAAAAACAGGUGAAUUAUGCCAUGGUGACUUCUGAGACAUCAAUGACAGCUGAUCAUCCUAAAGGGAAGUAGAAUCAACUGGUGUGGUUUCACACAAGCCUUCUCUAGCCAUUCUGUAUUGUACACACUUCUGCUCUUAAUACCACACAUUAGGCACCUGACAUGUUCCCACUUGCAGUGUUAGCUCUAAUUUUGUUCUCUUGUCGUCAUGUUAAAUGUCCAAGAUGUCUGUCUAAGAUGUCUAUCUAUGAUAUUUGUUUUUGUAUGAAAAGAACUUAAAUGUAUCAUCCUUAACAGUACAACUAUGCAAGCUUUACUGAACUGCCAUCAUGUAAAAGAGCCAGGGGAUCUUCCUGAAUGUUUGAUUUAUUCAAGGCAAGGGCAUACAUUUUAAAUUAGUAUCAUGAUUGCUUUUACAUAUUUGAUAAAUUGCUUAUCUAAAAUCAAUGAAUAUGCAGUUGGCUAUAUGUUUAUGCCAAUGAUAACAAGCAUUGUUGAAAACUUUGUAUUUUCCACUCUGUGAUUUCCACUUUUGUAAUUCAGACUGAUACAUAACAGAGGUGGUCACAGAACUGUGGUUCUGAUUGGUUGUUGCAUCCUGUGAUUAUAUAAGCACACAACAUUCCAUGCACAAAAAAACUGUUUUUACUGAUAUAUGUUUCUUCAUUAGUGGUCCUAAGCUUUCUUUCUCUUCCACUAUUUAAUGAUUUGCAUUCCAAACCAUGAGAAUAAAGAUGUAUUGCCUUUCACAAAUAUUAAACACAUAUUUGAGGUCUUGAAAUGAUAACAUGUUAAUAUAAAUCUAAACACUGGAGUAAGACCCUCAGCAUCUUUAAUAUGGUCUGUACUAUCUAUCCAAUCUGUGUGAGGGACCUUUUUCUAAUUGUGAAUACAUUUUAGUUGGUACUUCAACUAAAUUAUCUAUAUGAUCAUGUAAAAUACACAGUCAUUUUGACUUUCAGCAAAUGUGACACAUUUAAGUCAUAAAACCUGGCUUGAUUGGAAUUCCAAAUGCUCUAACCAUGUCGUUUUUAAAACAGUUCCAUCCCUGUAUCACCCUUGUUCUGUUGAAGUUCUUUUGAAGUGUAUUUUUUUCAAAUGCAAUAAAAUAUUUUAUAUGGUUAA